AAGUGGUCUGAGUCUCAUCCACGCCUUGUCCUUUUCCACACACACUCACCUGCCUCUCACUCUCACUCACACACGAUUCAACUCUCUCUCUCUCGACUACACGCAGUUCUGUAGUGGUGGUGUGCGUUUGAAGAAUUGUUAUUAAACAACAGACGCAAAAAAUAUAGGUAUUGAUUUCCGAGAAAAACAGCACCACGCAUUCUUGCUCUCCAACAUCUCAGGCCCACCACAUGGAGGGCCCUUGUGAUAUCUGUGGUGAUGUUGGGGUUGCUGAUGCAUUAGUUACUUGCUGUCAAUGUAAAAUAAAUUGUGAGCAUAUGUAUUGCAUGAGAACCCCUCUAGAGGAGCACAUAGACGACUGGCAUUGCGAAGAAUGUGAAUCUAGCUCUAAAGCAAAGUCACUUGCAUCUUGUCCGAUUGGAGAGUUUCCCAGCGUGUCAAAAUCAACUAACUCUGUGGAAGCACAGAAGGGUGGUUUGCUGUGUGGAGGGAGUAGAAAAUUGCUUAACCAAUCUAGGAAGGGUUCUGUUGAUUGGGAAAAGAAAGUGGCAACUGGGAAGACUAAAUACAUCUGUGUCAAAGAAGCUAUCAAGCUCUCAGCAGGAGAAAAGAAAUAUUUGGCCCCUUCAAAUAUUACUUGUCACUCAAAGCCCCCAGGGCCUCGGAUUGGGGUAAAUAAAUUGGAGAGAACACUGAGCAGGCCCAGAACUACACCCUUAUGUUUCUCCUCUGAGCAGGAUCUUGCUUCAGGUGGUUUAGCGCAAUCAAAGCCUCAAAGGCCUGGCAACAUGGAGAUCUAUGAAGGGCAAGUACAAAAAUCCAAGAAACUCUCAGAAUUGCAAAGAUCGGUAGGCAGCUUCCAACCUUCUCGAGCACCUAUGAACAAACACAUACAGAAGGAGCUGCCAACAAAUGUUCAAUUGCCUCAAACCAAGGCAAGAAGUUCAAUGCAUAAGCCCUUAUCUGCUCCAUCUCCAUCGCAGAAUGCAUCACUAGUUACCAUUUCAGGUGGUAAUCGUCUCACUGCUGUUGAGCUGCGGACUUGUAAUGCAGAGAAUGUGAAUAACAAUCUUUUGCCUGAUUUAGAGAAACGUUCAGUAACUCCUGCUUUGGAUGCUGUCUGGAAGGGAAGCUUCAGGAUCCACGAUGAUCAUAGACAUCGGGUACUGAAUCCUCAAAUUCAUGCUCAUCCUGCUACCCGAGUUCGUAGAAAGAUCCAUGAAUUUUCAAAGCAAAUGCCUAAAGUACUUCAUUUUCAUUUGGUUCCCUACAAAAAAUUCUGGAUCAAUUUAUUCCAGGAUUAUAUUCCAGAUGAAAGGGACAUUGGAUUGUAUUUCUUUCCGGGUGACAGUGAGAGAUAUGAGGACUAUGCCUUCCUCCUGGACUACAUUAGUUUCCGAAACUUGGCAUUGAGGAAACAGAUUGCGGAUGUUGAGCUUCUGGUUUUUCCCUCCAGACUUCUGCCUGCCAAUUGUCAAUGUUGGAACGGGAAGCGCUUCCUUUGGGGAGUAUUUCAUCGUCUGAAACAAGAUACCUCUGCCCGCCUAGACAAUAGGGAAAUAAAACUGUCCGUGCAACCAUCUAGUCACAAUCCGAAGUCUGAUAUGGAGGAGGUUGACAUGGACAUUGACAUGGUUGGUGGCAUUAACGUAGGAAGAAUCGAUGUUCCAGUUCAUGAGCGACCUCUUAGAGAGAAACAUAUACCCUCUAGACAAGAAUCUCUGUCUGCUUCUAUCUCCGGACGUGCUUUUGAUCCGGUGACCAUGCCUCCACUAAAUGUCGUGGAGCCGUGUCCCGCCAUUCCUCCUGGAUUUGGGGAGGUGUUUAGGCUCAGAGUCCAGGAUUCCUCCUUAUCUCUGGUCAAGAACGUAGAAGUUCAUGAAGGGAAAAGCAAAGAACAAGACGAUCAUCAUAGUCUUUAUUCUUCUUCUGCAGAGGUGAAAUCUAAAAAUGUGUGUGAUUGAGAAUUGAUUCUUAGAUGUUAGACAUGGAAACCCCAUAGAUAUUUGCUUCGCUUGUACAGCUAAGAAUUCAGAUAUUGACGCACUAGCAUUCACGUACACGUGAUGUGU